AUGAUUUCCUAUAAACAUAUACAUCAGACCGACAAGACGUUUAAGAAUUCCGAAGAGACGAGAGCUUGGGUGAAUAUGAACAAAGCCGACGGUUGGACUCUCAACUUCUUGGAUGACCAAGCUGCCGCAGCCUGGACUAAGGAUUUGUUUCACGAUACAGACAUCGAGUGGGCUUGGGAUUAUAUGCACCGAGGAGUGCUUAGGGCGGACUUCUUGAGGUAUUUGUUACCUUUGGUACAAGGAGGCGUUUACUCGGACGUUGAUACCCUCCCGUUGCGACCCAUUGAACAAUGGGGACACGUCCGAGUCGAGUAUCUUGACAUUUCAGUCACUGACGGUUCCGACUGGCGUUCGAAACUCUCCACUUAUCCUGCAGUCAUCGUCGCCAUUGACGUUGACGUACACGCUAAGAAAGGAUGGGACAAGGAAUGGCCACGAGCUGUGGACAUCUGUCAAUGGACUUUGGCUUCAGUACCGAAUCAUCCCAUAUUCCUUGAUGCGGUCAGACGUGUGGUCAACUCUACUCGGGUGGUUGAGGCAUGGGAAAUAUGGAGAGCCGAGGAGAUUGUGAAACUGGAAGAGGCAGGGGAGGAUGCAAGUGAUCUAAGAGGACAACAUACGGAUCAUGCUAUGAGCGUAAUGGAAUGGACUGGACCUGGGUUGUUUUCGGAUUCGGUCAUGGCUUUCCUCUUGGCUCGAUAUCACGUCACUUGGCAUCGGCUUCGUGGACUCGAUCAUCCUCUGAGAAUAGGAGACGUUCUCAUAUUGCCCAUAUCCGCUUUCUCCCCUGGAGGCGAGGCCGAUUUUGGUGCUGAAGGGCCCGACACCCCUCAAGCUAACGUGCUUCACGAAUUCAGAGGUAGCUGGAAGAGCGGCGGCGCGUAG